UUCGAGGCCACGCCCUACAGCCGCCAAUAACGUCCGGGGCGGGGCCUGCAGGCCGGAAGUGUGUCGUGCUCGCAAGAUGGCGACUCCCUAUGUGACUGAUGAGACCGGGAAGUACAUUGCCUCGACACAGCGCCCAGACGGGACGUGGCGGAAGCAGCGGCGGGUGAAGGCCGGUUACGUGCCACAGGAGGAGGUGCCGGUGUACGAAAACAAAUAUGUCAAGUUCUUCCGGAGCAAACCCGAGCUGCCACCAGGGCUGAACCCAGAGGCAGCAGCAGCACCCGGGAAAGCAGAGCCUGGCGACACAGGACUGUCCAAGGCAGCCAAACGGAACUUGAAACGGAAGGAGAAGAGGAAGCAGCAGCAGGAAAAGGGGGAGCGGGACACGGAUGAACUGAUUCAGGCACUGGAGCGCUCGGCACUGUCGGAGCCGCUGCCCGGCUGUGGCGCCACCAGCCCCAUCAUGAGCCCUGGCACCAGCCCCGGUGAUGCUCCGGCCUCAGAGAGGAGCCGGAGGCUGAAGAACCUGCGGAAGAAGUUGCGGCAGGUAGAGGAACUGCAGCAGCGCCUGGACGCUGGUGAGGUCCCAAAUCCCACCCGCGAGCAGCUUGAGAAGCUGAGCCGGAGGAAAACGCUGGAGGAGGAACUGCGGGGCCUGGAGAGGGACUCAUAAGGGGGGGAAUCAGGGGGUGUGGGGGGGGUAUUGGAAUGGUUGUUCCCACUGUUGGGAACGCAGCAGCGCUUGGACGCUUCUCCCUUUAUCCCUCUUCUUUUUUAUUUCCUGUUUUAUUUUAUUGGGGGGGUCUCAUUGUGUGGCCCCCUCCCUGCCCAGCCCUUCAUGUUCCGUGUCGUGGCCUUGUCCCGGCCUUGUUUCAAACCCCGGUGACAAUAAACCCAGCAGAGCCCCAGCGUCAGCA